AAGAUACCGGCGCGUGCGCACGUGACGUGACCGCGAGUGAUUAAAGUGAUUGUACAGUGUUUCCCUGUGGAUUUGCAAUUAAUAGAUUGUCCAAUGGCGACACCGCAGUUCACUUGUUUGUUCAUCGUGUUCGCAUUAGUUGUUACGACGUGUGACAGUCAGAAUUCCGCGCAAGACACUCCACCAAAUCUCAUGAAGGAAGUAGAGGAUAACAGUCGUUACAAGACAUUGGAAGCAAACGCCACAUUGUUAAAACUUCUUGUGGAUAAUAAAGAUGGUGUGAGCAAAUCAGAGGUCUUCGACAUGUUGCAUUCGAGGGAUGAAGUCGCAGAACAUAUCGACCUCCCGACCUUUCCAGAAGAUGCUGAAGAGGGCCGCAUCAAUGUUCCUAUCAUCCCUGACUCACAGGCCGAGUUCUUACAAGCUAGCGAGAUAGUUCGUAAGGACUCAGAAGAAAUGCAGUAUUCAGAGGAGCCGGUUGGAACAGCAGCUGGUAUCAUGGUACUUGUAACCCUCACCAUCGUGUGUCUAGCUUACACAGCUCUUAUUGUAUGGAGACGGAUAUACUUGAAGAGAAAUGGACUUAAACAUGAGCUAUUGAGAAAUGAAGAACUAAUCGCCGAGACUAGGAUAGAGUUGUGAAAAACGAAAUCGUUUGAUACAGAUCAACGUUAUCUUCGAGGAAACUUGGAACCACAUAAAGACUGAUUUAAGACAUUACUAUCAUUGUUUGAUUAAAUCUAUAUUAAGAAAGCUGUCUUCAGUUUAAUACAUGUAUGAAAUGAGUAAUCUUUAAAUAAGAAUGCACUAUUUGUAUUAUAUAUUUGUAAAGAACAUGGCACUGUACAUUAAAUUUAGUUCAUAAAAGAUUGCGACGUGAGGUACGAAUUGGAAUACGCUGCUGAAUAAAUCUUAUUGAUCAAAGGGCCCAAGUAGAACAAAUAUGCAUUUUAUUUUCAGUUGGCAACAACCUUAUUAAUACAUUUUUUAUGUUUGUGCCCUGAGGCACAUUUUCUUCUCACUGAUAAUUAUUACAGUCUCAUUUAUAAACUAUUAUAUUGAAAUACAAUUUCGAAUAGAAAUUAAAUGUACUGUUAACACUUUUAUGACUCCCGAGUAUAAAUGAAAUGUAACAAGUCUUGUUACCUUAUGAAUACUAUAUGAAAGUUUAUGCAUAAGACAUCUAGUAUGUUAUCUUAAUGUUAAGUUAAAUAUUGGGUUUGUCAAAUAUUUAUAUUGAAUUAUGUUAAUAAAUUCUUAAGGACGUGCCAUAAAGGACGUAUAGUGUGUGAAGUUCAUUAUUUAUUAAUUCUAAAUAUGUCUGUGAUUUGAUAAUUUAAUAUGGAAGUAAAUAAAGUGUGAUACAAGUGAUAAAAAUCUUUAAUUAAAAAAA